AUGAGUAAUGUAUCAUCCAAUUUCACUGAAUCUAGUUUGCAGGGAAGAGGAAGGGCUAUCGGUGUGCCAAAGAGAUUCGAUUUUGUUUUAUUUUUGAUUUUUUNUUUGAUAUCGAAGUCUGAUUCCAACCCUUACAGGAGAUAUUGUCGGUGUCCAUUUGGCGUAGCUAAUAAGCUUAGGAAUGAUGAACACACUUUCAAAUGGGUGGAUGAGGCAUUUGUCAAUGAGAUAGACACAUUGAAUGCAAAGAAUGCUGACCUUGAGAAGCAGCUGAAAGAGAUCAGAACAGAGAGGUUUGAGUUUGAGAAGAUGGUCUAUGAGAAGAUGGAGAAGGAGAUAUUUGAGAAGGUUGAAGAUGGUUUGUCUGAAGCCAAAGCAAGCCAUAAGAAAAUCAUGAUUGUCUUAGUCUUCUUUUGUAUGAUCAUGAUUGGUCUCACUAAGCUACUAGGUUGAAGAACGAGAUGAGUGUUGUUCCUUUAGUUUGUUGUUGCUAUGUUUUUGUUUCAGUUGUAAUAUGUUGCUAUUAAAAGACUAUGAGAUGGUAAUGAGAAGCAAAA